AUGGCGAACCUAGACCCUAUUUUCUUGAAAGUGCGUUUACACUAUAACAGUGUUUUUACAAGACACCCACAUAGAUAUACUGGAGGUGAAACGUUUAUGUUUACUGACCAUGAUUUCUCUGGAAUGGAUUUACAUGGGUGUUGUGAAUUUCUAGAUAGAUUUGUUGGAGAACCUUUUGAGAAACUUUAUUACUUAGCACGUGAUCUCACUAUGGCAAAUGGUCUUAGGGUAAUAACUAACGAAAUGGAUUAUCAAGUGUUUAUUGAUGUUGCUUAUCAGUCACCUGAAAGGCCAAUAGACCUGUAUUUAGAUCAUAUUGGGGAAGGAUUUGAGGACUGGUUCGAUGAAGAAAGUGAUGAAAGUGGUUCAGUGAUCAAGGGGGAUGACAAAGAAACUGCACAAGGAAUCCCCGAUCGUGAACCAGCCUAUAUGUUUGAUGCUGGUUUGGAUGAUGAAAUCAAUGGGAAAUAUUGUACCCCACUAAACAAGACUAAGGACGAUGAGUUUCUUAACAAGUUAUGCCCAGAAGGUAGAGAAGAGAAAAAGAUUGAAGAGAUAGAUAAUAGUGAGGAAUUGGACAAUGAUGUACUUGAGGAACAUCCUAUCUUUAAUCCUCAUGGUGAAAAUGUGAAGAAAAGGACUGCAGAAGUGGCAAGUGGUAGUAGGACAGGAAUGGAUGGUGGGGAUACACAUGGUAGUAGGGUUAAGAGGACUAAGACAACAAAGGGUGAAAAUGUAAAGAAAAGGACUGCAGAAGAGGCAAGUGGAAGUAGGACAAGAAUGGAAUGUGGGGAUACACAAGGUACUAGGGAAAGUGGGACUACACAAGUGACAAGGGUGAGGGGUAAUGUUGUAAUUCCCCAGCUUAAGAGGAGGAAAAAAGAGUGA